AUGUACCUAAUGUUUAAACAGGGUGGCCACCGGCCCGGAAGAAUCGGGAGAAAGCCGGGAAAAACGGGAGAACCAAAAGAACGUCGGGAGAAUCGGGAGAAAGUCGAGAGAAUCGGGAGAAAGCCGAGAGAACCGAUAGAAAGCCGCCAGAAUAAGAAUUGGGAGAACCGGGAGAUAGUCGGGAGAUUCGGAAGAAUCGGGAGAGGGUUUGGAGAAUCGGGAAAGCCGGGAGAAUCGGAAGACCCAUGUGAAUCAGGAGAACCAGGAGAAAGUCGAGAGAAUCGAGAGAAAGCCGCUAAAAUCGGGAGAAGGUCGAUAGAACCGAGAGAAAGUCGGGAGAACCGGGAUAAAAGAAAGUCGGGAGAAUUGGAAGAAUGUUGGAAUAAUCUGGAGAAAGUCGAGAGAAUCGGAAGAACCGGGAUCGGGAGAAAGACGAGAGAAUCGCAAGAAAGCCGGGAGAAUUGGGAGAAAGUCGAGAGAACCGAGAGAAAUGCGGGAGAACCGAGAGAAAGUCGAGAGAAUCGGGAGAAACCUGCUAGAACUGGGAGAAUGUCGAGAGAACCGAGAGAAAGCCGCGAGAACCGGGAGCAAGUCGAGAGAAUCGGGAGAAAGCUGAGAGAAUCGGGAGAAAGCUGGGAGAACCGGGAGAAUGUGAGAAUCGGCAGAAAGCCGGGAAAAAGUGAGGAGAAUCGGGAGAAAGUGAAGAGAACCGGGAGAAUCGGAAGAACCGGGAGAAAGUCAAGAGAACCAAUAGACAGCCGGGAGAACAGUGAGAAAGUUGGGAGAAUCGGAAGAACCGGGAGAAAUCCGGGAGAACCGAGAGAAUGUCGAUAG